AUGCAGCUGGUCAGAGUCUCAGAGGAGAUGAAAACACAGAUGAACUUUGACUAUAUUCUGGUUGUUGAUACUGAGGGUCUUCGUGCUCUAGAACUGGCUGGAAGAUCAACAAGACAUCAUGACAAUAAACUGGCCACAUUUGUUGUUGGUCUUGGUAAUCUAACCUUGAUCAACAUAUUUGGAGAAAACCUAUCUGAGAUGCAGGACAUUCUUCAGAUUGUUGUUCAGGCCUUCAUGAGGAUGAAGAAGGUCAGACUGAGGUGUGUGUUUGUGCAUCAGAACGUUUCAGAGGUCACAGCUGGAGAGAAAAACAUGGAGGGAAGGAGAUGACUGCAGGAUAAACUGGAUGAGAUGACAAAACUUGCUGCUAAAGAUGAAGUCUGUGAUGCAGAAUGUUUUAGCGAUGUCAUUAAAUUUGAUAUUCGGAAUGAUGUGAAGUAUUUUGCUCAGCUCUGGGAGGGAAGCCCACCUAUGGCACCACCAAACCCAAACUACUGCGAGAACAUUCAAGAACUAAAGGAAACUAUAAUGUCUCAUGCCUCAAAAUCACAUGGAUUAAUGCUGAAAGACUUAAAAGACUGUAUUAAUGAUCUCUGGAAGGCUUUACUGAAUGAACAAUUCGUCUUCAGGUUCAGAAAUUCUCUGGAGAUUUCAGCCUACAGGAAACUGGAGACCAAAUACAGCAAGUGGACCUGGAGUCUUCGCAGUGCCAUGAUGGAAACUGAGAACAAACUACACAACCAAAUAGAAAUUAAAGCAAUUCAUGAGGUUGAGAAAACUGAUCUUCAAGAAGAACUGAAGAAGACAAAAGAAGAAGUGGAAAAUUCAAUGUCUGGAUUCUUUGAGAAAGACAAAGAUAAAGAUAUACUGAUUCAGUGGAAAACAUCAUUUGAAAUCAAAAUCAAGGAGCUUCAGGGGAACAUUGUGAGAGAAACCAAGAGGGAAUUAAAUGAGGUUCUUCAGCAGCGAGACCUGAAGAGAAAGAUUGAUGCUCAGAGGACACAUCAAGAAAACACUCUCUAUGAAAAGAGCAAAGAACUUGCCUUAAAACUCAAAGCUAAAGAUGAAGAAACACUGAAGAAAGAGUUUGAUUUGUUUUGGAAACAGCUGCGUUUACAUGAACACAGAAACACUUCUCUUGAGCAGAAACACCAUGAGCUCCUGAUUCUCCUGAUUCACAGCGAAAUGAAGUGGCUGUGA